AUGAAGGUAUUCAAUGGUCUCUGUUAUACAGUACAUUCAUCACCCGCAGUUGGUGACGAGUAUUAUGUCGCAGCCAUUUUACUACUCGAUUUUGAUGAUAGCACAAACCUUCUGACAGGUCGUGCAGUGUACCAUUCUACAAAGGGAAAUUUGGAACAUUUGAGAGAAGAUUUGGCUACAAACUUUGAAGAGAUCAGACAUCUUUAUCCACUUGAUCCAGCUGAUCAAGCUACGUCGCAAUGUUGGUCAUGUACGAAAUUCAUGGAAGGUGUAUCAGAAGCAAUUUUCAAGUGGCAACGAUGCCUUUCCCAUUUCGAUUACUACAUGAUUAUGCGAGAAUAUCGAAUUGGUGAACACAAUUUUCCCUUUGAGGAAGGUUUCUUUGAUGAAAUGGAUUGCAUAACUGAAGAUAAUUUACAUGAACUAUAUAGGGCUGCUGCGCUUCGAUAUCCCAAAUUUCUCAAUUUAUUGAUAAAUGAAAAUUAUAAACGGAAAAAUUAUUUAUCUUAUAACUCUGAUCCAGUUGAAUAUUAUAUGAAAUGCCUUGUUGAAGAUUUGUUGAGUGUAAGUGGAAUACAACAACCCGAGGAAGUACCACAAUAUGAUUUCAAAUUCGUAUUACCACCAUCCGAUGGAAGAUGGCCAUUUCUAGAAAUUCAUGAUUGA